AGUCACCAGCUAGAGCGCAGCAGAGGCACGAGAGCUCCAGGCGCAAGAGCGGGAGCUACCGCCGCCCCUAUGGCGCCCGCCGCCCUCUGGGUCGCGCUGGUCGUCGAACUGCAGCUGUGGGCCACCGGGCACACAGUGCCCGCCAAGGUUGUCUUGACACCCUACAAGCCAGAACCUGGGAACCAGUGCCAGAUCUCACAGGAGUACUAUGACAAGAAGGCUCAGAUGUGCUGUGCUAAGUGUCCCCCUGGCCAGUAUGCAAAACACUUCUGCAACAAGACUUCAGACACCGUGUGUGCGGACUGUGCGGCAGGCAUGUUUACCCAGGUCUGGAACCAUCUGCAUACAUGCCUGAGCUGCAGUUCUUCCUGUAGUGAUGACCAGGUGGAGACCCACAACUGCACUAAAAAACAGAACCGAGUGUGUGCUUGCAACGCUGACAGUUACUGUGCCUUGAAAUUGCAUUCUGGGAACUGUCGACAGUGCAUGAAGCUGAGCAAGUGUGGCCCUGGCUUCGGAGUGGCCCGUUCAAGAACCUCAAAUGGAAACGUGAUAUGCAGUGCCUGUGCCCCAGGGACGUUCUCUGACACCACAUCAUCCACAGAUGUGUGCAGGCCCCACCGCAUUUGUAGCAUCCUGGCUAUUCCUGGAAAUGCAAGCACAGAUGCAGUCUGUGCAUCCGAGUCCCCAACUCCAAGCGCUGUUCCAAGGACAAUCUACGUAUCUCAGCCAGAGCCCACAAGAUCCCAGCCCAUGGAUCAAGAGCCAGGGCCUAGCCAAACUCCACACAUCCCUGUGUCCUUGGGUUCAACCCCCAUCAUUGAACCAAGCAUCACGGGUGGCAUCUCUCUUCCAAUUGGUCUGAUCGUUGGACUGACAACUCUGGGUCUGCUGAUGUUAGGACUGGCGAACUGCUUCAUCCUGGUGCAGAGGAAAAAGAAGCCCUCCUGCCUACAACGAGAAACCAUGGUGCCUCAUCUGCCUGAUGACAAAUCCCAGGAUGCAAUAGGCCUUGAACAGCAGCACCUAUUGACCACAGCACCCAGUUCCAGCAGCAGCUCCCUGGAGAGCUCAGCCAGCGCUGGGGACAGGAGAGCGCCCCCUGGGGGUCAUCCCCAAGCAAGAGUCACAGCGGAGGCCCAAGGGUCUCAGGAAGCCUGUGCCGGCUCCAGGAGUUCAGAUUCUUCCCAUGGCAGCCACGGGACCCAUGUCAACGUCACCUGCAUCGUGAACGUCUGUAGCAGCUCUGACCACAGCUCUCAGUGUUCUUCCCAAGCCAGCACCACGGUGGGAGACCCAGAUGCUAACCCUUCAGGGUCUCCAAAGGAUGAGCAGGUCCCCUUUUCCCAGGAGGAGUGUCCCUCUCAGUCCCAGUGGGAGACCACAGAGACACUGCAGAACCAUGACAAGCCCUUUCCCCUUGGUGUGCCUGAUGUGGGUAUGAAGCCCAACCAACCAGGCUGGUAUGACCAGAUUGCUGUCAAAGUGCCUUGACCCAUGACAGGGGCAACACCCUGUAAAGGGACCCCCCUAGGCCCUGAACCCAUGGAACUUCAUGACUUUUUCUGAGCCCGUUUCCUUUAGUGGCCUCUACAGUUCCAGUUGCAGGUCAACUGAGGGCUGAGGCAGCUAGAGUGGUCAAAAACAGCCUUGGUGUUUCAUGGGGGCAGUCCCAGGAAGCCCUUGUUCUUCUGUGACCCUCUGGAUCUCCUGGGUGCUCUGGCUGAUUCUUGUUUCUGAAAGGCCCCAGAAUUUUCCCUUCUAAGGAGUUAACAUCCUCUUCCAUAUGCUUUGAGAAAGGAUAGCACAGCUCUUCAGCGUGAAUGCUGACACUGCAGGGCAGUGUCUGAGGUAAGUAGGAGGAAGUAGUCCCCUGGUAGGGCACAGAGGCCCUUCAGAUUAGUGCAAGACUCUUAGGAAGAACCCUCUCCCAACACACUGAAAUCCUGAUGCCCCAACAGGCAGGAUUGCUCUGUUGUAGGGUGCUGGGGCUGGGGCUCAGUAGUCCAGUGUGCUUUUUGCCCUGGGUUUGAUCCGCAGUACUCAAAAAGUACACAGACAGUAGACAGAGACAGCACAGGCUACCCCCCCUGUGUGGAUUUUAUCCUCUGCCUUUGACUUUUACUCCAGUGGGCACACAGAAGCCUGGAGCUCCUUCUCCUGGCCUUCUCAUGAACAGUUCCAAGGCCAUACCUUCCUUCAGGGAAUCUCAGGGACUGUAGAGUUCCCAGGCCCCUGCAGCCACCUGUCUCGUCCUACCUCAGCCUGGAGCACUCUGUCUAAUUCCCCAACCACUUGGUACUGUACUCGCUGUGACCCAAGUGCAUGUCCGGGUUAUGCACUGUGAGUUGGAACAGCCAAUGGCGUCAGUUGAAGGGCCCACGCAGAAACAGCUGAAGCCAGCUAUUUUGCCAAAGGAUUCAUGCUUAUUUUCUAAUCGACCUGCUCCCCUAGCGUGCCUGGAGGGGAAGAGUUCAGGAGACUUCUGAAGACAGAAGAAGUUGAGCCUCAGGUGCUUGGAUGCCAUGCUCACAGAUUCCACAGGAUAUGAACUUGUUAGAGGAGCCCAGUUGUUACCAUGGAGACUUAAAAAGCUCAGCCCUCUGGAAUCAAGAUAUUGGACACUUGGGACAGACUUGUUAGGUCUCUGUAGCAUCGGACUGGAGAAGCGAAGGGACACGUCUGCCCCCUGGUGGCCAGUCCUGGGAUGGCCUCGGGCCGCCUAGGCAACAAAAAGAAUGAAUUGGAAAAGACUGCUUCUGGGUGCGGCCUCAGCUCCUGUGCUUGUGUGGAUCCCUACAUGGUGUGUGUGUGCGUGCUAAGGAGUAUUUGUCCUGUAUGCUGGACAGAAUUCCUGCUUAUAAAUGCUUUUCGUUGCUGUUUUGCACACUGAU